AUGCUAACCGCUGUCUGCGGCUCUCUGGGCAGCCAGCACUCGGACGCGCCUCACGCCUCGCCUCCGCGCCUGGACCUGCAGCCCCUCCAGACAUACCAGGGCCACACGAGCCCGGAGGCGGGGGACUACCCCUCCCCGCUGCAGCCUGGGGAGCUGCAGAGCCUCCCGCUGGGCCCCGAGGUGGACUUCUCGCAGGGCUAUGAGCUCCCGGGGGCCUCCUCCCGCGUAACCUGCGAGGACCUGGAGAGCGACAACCCCCUAGCCCCGGGACCCUUCUCCAAGCUCCUGCAGCCAGACAUGUCACACCACUACGAGUCGUGGUUCCGGCCGACUCACCCGGGCACCGAGGAUGGCUCCUGGUGGGACCUUCAUCCGGGGACCACCUGGAUGGACCUCCCGCACACGCAGAGCGCGCUGGCCUCCCCUGGCCACCCGGGGGCGCUGCAGGCCGGCCUGGGGGGCUACGUCGGAGACCACCAGCUCUGCGCCCCGCAGCCCCACCCGCACCCGCACCACCUCCUCCCGGCCCCCGGGGGGCAGCACCUCCUGGGGGGGCCUCCCGACGGUGCAAAAGCCCUGGAGGCGGUGGCCCCGGAGGCCCAGGGGCUGGAUUCCGGCCUGGACGGGGCGGCGCGGCCCAAAGGCUCCCGGCGCUCCGUGCCCCGCAGCUCCGGCCAGACCGUGUGCCGCUGCCCCAACUGCCUGGAGGCGGAGCGGCUGGGGGCGGCUCCGUGCGGGCCCGACGCGGGCAAGAAGAAGCACCUGCACAACUGCCACAUCCCCGGCUGCGGCAAGGCCUACGCCAAGACGUCGCACCUGAAGGCGCACCUGCGCUGGCACAGCGGCGACCGGCCCUUCGUGUGCAACUGGCUCUUCUGCGGGAAGCGCUUCACGCGCUCCGACGAGCUGCAGCGCCACCUGCAGACGCACACGGGCACCAAGAAGUUCCCCUGCGCCGUCUGCAGCCGCGUCUUCAUGCGCAGCGACCACCUGGCCAAGCACAUGAAGACGCACGAGGGCGCCAAGGAGGAGGCUGCGGGCGCGGCCCCGGGCGCCGAGGGCAAGGCCGGCGGCGCGGCGGAGCCCCCCGGGGGCAAAGGCAAGCGGGAGGCGGAGGGCGGCGCCGCUCCCUCCAACUGA